AUGACUACUUAUUUUGAAUACGGUGUAAAACUUACAGAUGGGCAAAAGUCAAAAUUAGCUUCUGCAAUAUUAAAUAAAUCACCACUAACUCUUCGAUUAAAACACUCACAUCUUCGAGGUUCUGAUGAGUUAAUGUUAACAAAAAGACAAAUUUCUAAAAUAAAAAAAUCUAUUGCAAACGGAACAGGAUCAGAUAUAAAGAUAAGUAAAACACAGAUUAGACGUUCUGUAAAACAUGGUGGAAACUUAUUUUCAUCACUUGCUUCUCUUGGAGCAAAAGUUCUACCUUACGCAAUUAAAGGAGUUUCAAAAGUUGUUCCUGCAUUGGCUACUGGAGCUGCUACUGCACUUGGAGAAAUUGGUCUAAAUAAAAUAUUUGGAAAAGGAAUAACAAUCCCCCCACAGUUUUUCCCAAUGUUACCACCUCUUGUAAGAGAAUUUACCAAAUCACAAAUAAAUCAAAUUAACAAAGCUUAUCAAACAGGAGGAAAAUUAGUUAUAAAACCAACUCGUAAACAGGUAGAAGGAGGAUUUCUUGGAACUCUUGCAUCUAUUGGAAUUCCAAUGGCAAUUAGUUUAGUAUCUAAGAUGUUUGGAUCUGGACUGCAGGUUGAUAGAAGUGGAUCAUCUAAUACAGCAAAUGUUUACGUUCCACCUCCCCCACCAACACAUGGUGAAGGUUAUCCUUAUCACUCACCACCCUUUAUCGGUACUUGGGAAAACCCAAUUGGAAUGGGAGUUAAAAAAAAAAAGGUCCAAAUCCAGGGGAAAAGGACUACUACUAGGAAAAAACAGCCCAUUCAACUCAAUUCCCAUUCUCGGCACCAUUUUGUAAUUAAACCUCUAUCCAACUUUGACCUCAUGGAAUGGGUAAAGAAACUUGGUAUUAAACAUUUCAGAGGGGUGUUUAGUCGCGAUAGACUACCUAAUAAGAUAAAAAAAGAAUGUGGAAUAAUUAAUCUAGAUGAUAUUCAAGGUCCUGGAACACACUGGGUUUGUUAUAGAAAUAUAGACAAUGUAGUUGAGUACUUCGAUCCAUUUGGACUGAUAAUGCCAAAUGAAGCAUUAAAGUAUUUUCAUACUUCUGAAAAACGAAUAGUUUACUCAACAGAUGAAAUACAAAAUCGCAAUACUGUUCUAUGUGGUUAUUGGUGUUUAUAUUAUCUGUUUGAGAGACAACGGGGUAGUAGUAUUUUAGAUGUAAUACAUAACCCACAUUUUGACAACGACAACAGCGAUUUUAUAAAAGCAUACUUUGGUAGGUAA